AUGAUCAUCCAACUUGUGCUCUGUGGAAUUUGGCUGAGCACCUCUGCUCUCAUUAUUGACACAGAUGUUCAUGUUCUGACUAUGACCACACCAUCAGUGUAUGCAACAAGGGCUCAGUUGUUACUUUCCACCUGGAGUGUUGGUGUCACAUUCCUCCUUUUCUACCACAGCACCAACAGGAAAGUCAUGGUUGGGCUGAGCUCUGCCAUGAUUCAUAGGAGAGCUGGCUCUGUCCUUUGCACUCUUGUGCUGGUGUGCACUUUAGAAGCUUCUCAGUGCUCUUUGAAAAACAAAUGGAAUCGAUUCAGUGAUGGAAAUGUGGUGAUUGCUGCAUUUGUUCCUCUUUUUAAUUGCUUUUUCAAGAAAAAAAUGAUUGAUUUUAACAUUAAGAAAAGUGACACCAUGCAGUUCAAGUUGAAGAACUACCAGUGUUCUUUGGCCUUCAUAUUUGCCAUUGAGGAGAUCAACAGGAACCCUCAUCUUUUACCCAACACAUCUCUAGGAUUUGAUCUCUAUUAUGUUAAUCAAUAUGAAUGGGAUUUUCACAGGGAAGCUUUUCUUUGGCUCACAGGAAUGGGAAUCAACAUUCCCAAUUACACAUGUAGAAGGGAGAACAAAGCUGCUGCUCUACUUACAGGAGCAUCACAAGAAACAUCUACCCAUAUUGGGAGACUUCUAAGUCUCUACAAAUAUCCACAGCUUAGUUUUGGGCCAUUUGACACCAUCUUGAGUGACAGAGGCCAGUUUUCUUCUCUCUACCAGACAGCUUCAAAGGACACAUCUCUGUCACUUGGCAUUGUCUCUUUGAUGCUUCAUUUCAGCUGGACCUGGGUGGGGUUGUUCCUCAUGGAUAACCAUAAAGGAAUUCAGAUUCUAUCAUAUUUUAUGAAAGAGUUUCAAAGGAAUAAUAUCUGUGUAGCUUUUGUGAAAAUGAUGUCAAAAAGCUUGAUUUACUUUGAACAUGCACAGAAAGAAACUUCUGAGUUGCUCUUGAUAUCAUCUGCAAAUGUGGUUAUCAUUUAUGAUGAUACGGAAUUUGUAUCUGGUAUGAUGCUAUAUGCAAUGUAUUUCUUAAAUACGUGGAAAGUCUUGGUCAUGAAUUCACAAUUGUAUGUUGGUACCAUUAUAGAAUUUCUGAUUUAUAAUUCAUUUCAUGGGACUCUUUUUUUUGGAAACCGUCAUCAUGAGAUUUCUCUUUUUAGAAAAUUUAUCCAUACAUACACUCCUUCUAAAUACCCAGAAGACCAUUGUCUUAAUAUUUUGUGGAAUACUUUCUUUAAUUGCUCUUUAUCUUUACCUGACUGUAAAAUAUCAGGUCAUUGUCUAGCCAAUGCUUCUUUGGAACUAUUUCCUUCAAAUCUGUGGAAAAUGGAAAUGACUGAAGAGGCUUACAACAUAUAUAAUUCUGUGUAUGCCGUGGCUCACAGUCUCCAUGAGAUGACUGUCAAACAAGUACAAAUUCAGCCUCAUAGGAAUGGAGAGUGGAAUGCCCACCCCUGGGAGCUUCUCCCUUUUCUCAAGCAAAUCAGUUUCAUAAAUAGUGCUGGACACCAUGUGGUUUUGGAUUCACAAAUGAAAUCUGAGGAAAAGUAUGAUAUUCUCAAUGUCUGGAAUUUUCCAAGUGGUCUCAGACAAAAUAUGAAAGUUGGAACAUUUUCUCCAAAAGCUCCACAGAGUCAACAACUGCUUCUGUCUGAUCAUAUGAUACAGUGGGCCACAGGAUUUACAGAGAUUCCUCGCUCUGUGUGCAGUGAGAGCUGUGUUCCUGGAUUCAGAAAAUCCCCCCAGGAGGGCAAAGCUGCCUGUUGCUAUGAUUGUAUACCUUGUCCAGACAAUGAGAUUUCCAAUGAGACAGAUGUAGAUAAUUGUGUGAAGUGUCCUGAUAGACACUAUGCAAACACACAACAGAACCACUGCAUCAAGAAAGCUGUGACAUUUCUGUCCUAUGAAGACCCCUUGGGAAUAGCACUCUCCUGCAUGGCCCUGGGCUGCUCUCUACUGACAGUGGGGGUUCUUCUCAUCUUUGUGAAGCAUCACCACACUCCCAUUGUCAAGGCCAACAAUCAGGCUCUCACUUAUGUCCUGCUCAUCUCUCUGAUCUUCAGCUUCCUCUGUCCAUUGCUCUUCUUUGGCCAUCCCAACACAGUCACCUGUGUCCUGCAGCAGAGUACAUUUGCAGUUCUGUUCACAGUGGCUCUCUCUACUAUCUUCACAAAAACUCUUACUGUGGUUCUGGCCUUCAAAGUCACUGUUCCAGGGAGAAUGGUGAGGUGGCUGAUGAUAUCAAGGGCCCCUAAUUUCAUCAUUCCUAUCUGCACCCUCCUUCAGCUUGUACUCUGUGGAGUUUGGCUGAGCACCUCUCCUCCCUUUAUUGAUUCAGAUGCUCACUCUGAACAUGGGUACAUCAUCAUUGUUUGCAACAAGGGCUCAACUGUGGCCUUCCACUGUGUCCUGGGAUACCUCUGCCUCUUGGCACUUGGGAGCUACACUAUGGCCUACCUCUCCAUGAACCUACCUGACACAUUCAAUGAAGCCAAGUUCUUGACAUUUAGCAUGCUGAUGUUCUUUAGUGUGUGGAUCACAUUCCUUCCUGUGUAUCAUAGCACCAAAAGGAAGGUCAUGGUGGCCAUGGAAAUCUUUGCUAUCUUGGCUUCCAGUGCAGGCCUCCUGGGCUGCAUCUUUGCUCCCAAAUGCUACAUUAUUUUGUUAAGACCAGAUAGGAACUCAUUGCAUUGCAUCAAGAACAAUGCACAUUCUAAGAGAAGAUUCCAACCUAUAGCUUAA